CCCUGACCUCUCUCUGCGGCCCGCCUCCCACGGCCGCGCGCGGGUGGCGCCCCUCCGACCCCGACCACUCCCUCCCGCGCCUCCCUCGCCGCGCCUUCCUCCCUCGCCAAUCUUGACCAUUUCCAUCUUAUCCCUCCCACUCCCAUUCCACGCCCCAAUCCCAAAACUCACCGAUCCAACCGGCCCUACGUACGUCCGCCACCGAGGCCACCAAUCGCUCCAUCGAUCGAUCGGCCGGCCGGCGAUCACCAAUGGAGCCCGACGACGAGGCGCUCAAGGAGCUUGCGGCUUCGGCCUCCCGCCCGCCGCAGCGGAGGGGCAUCUCCUACAGCCAGCCGCUCUCGCGCGGUGACGCCGCGUCGGCCCGCCGCGCCGCGCUCCGCAACCACAGCCUCGACGACGAGCAUAUCCUCCCGGCCUCGCACUCCCUCUCCUACACCCACCACGACCCUUCCGCCGGGGUGCCCGCCGGCUACCACCCGCCGCUCCCGCCCCACCAGCAGCAGCAGCACCACCACCCCAGCGCCUCCUACUCCUCCGGCCCCAGCUCGCGCCGCUCCAUGGGCGGCGCCAGCGACGGCUCCAUGACGCUCGAGCGCGCCAUGUCCGAGUACGGCGGCGGCCACGGCACCCUCCCCGAGUUCGUUGGCGCCGGCGGCGGGAAGGGCAUCUUCCGCGUGCCGCUGCGCGCCGCCAUGCACCCGCUCCGCCCUCCCCCGCUCGAGGUGCGGCCCCACCCGCUCCGCGAGACGCAGGCGGGCUCCUUCCUCCGCACGCUCGCCGCCGAGCCGCAGCGCCGGCAGCUCUGGGCCGGGGCCGAGUCCGGGAUCAGGGUGUGGGCGCUCGACGAGGUGUUCGCCGGGUGGGGCGCUGGCGCGCGCCGCGGCGACGAGGAGAGCGCGCCCUUCCGCGAGGGCGUGCCCGCGGCUCCCGCGCUCUGCGUCGCCCUGGACAGGGCCAACGGGCUGCUGUGGACGGGGCACAAGGACGGGAGGAUCCGAUCGUGGCGCAUGGACCUCGAGACGGCCGCCACAGCGCCCGCGCCUCCGCCUCCUGGUUCAGGUGACGGCGGUGGGAGCGUUGGGGGAAGCGCACACGGCGGAUCCAACAGCGCGCCGGUGUUCAGGGAAGCCCUCACGUGGCAGGCGUACGGCCGGACGCCCGUCCUCUCCAUGGCCGUGACUUCAUAUGGUGAGAUAUGGUCGGGUUCAGAAGGUGGAGUCAUAAAGGCAUGGCCUUACGAUGCCAUUGCCAAGUCCCUCUCACUCUCACCGGAAGAGAGGCACAUGGCUGCAUUGUUGGUUGAGAGAGCAUACAUUGACCUCAGGAACCAUUGCACAGUUGGUAAUGUAUGCUCUCUCCCUGCCUCUGAUGUGAAAUACAUGCUUUCCGAUCAUUCUCGGGCGAAAGUUUGGACCGUGACAAGCAUGACAUUUGCUCUCUGGGAUGCUCGUACAAGGGAGUUACUGAAAGUAUUUGGAAUGGAUGGCCAAGUUGAGUCAGCUCGGCUCGAGACACCGGUCAUGCCAGAGCAACCUAUGGAGGAAGUAGAGGUCAAAGUAAAACCCUCGAAGAAGGAUAAGUCCCAAGGUGGUUCUUUAAAUUUCUUCCAGAAAUCUAGGAAUGCCUUAAUGGGAGCAGCCGAUGCGGUGCGCAGGGUUGCAACAAAGGGGACAUUCGUCGAAGAUAACCGCAGAACAGGAGCAGUUGCUCAAGUAAAUGAUGGAACAAUUUGGUCAGGAUGCACAAAUGGUUCCAUUAUCCAGUGGGAUGGAAAUGGGAACCGAAUGCAAGAAUUCCAGUAUCAUACUUCUUCUGUGCAGUGCAUAAAGUCCCUUGGAGAUAGGGUGUGGGUGGGUUAUGCCAGUGGUACUGUUCAAGUCAUGGAUAUCGAAGGUACCCUUCUUGCAGGAUGGACUGGACAUAGCUGUCCAGUCAUAAGGAUGGCGAUCGGUGGUUCUUACAUCUACACACUGGCACAUCAUGGUGGUAUCCGGGGCUGGCCACUGACUUCCCCUGGACCUCUUGAUGAUAUUUUGCGAACUGAAUUGGCAAAUAGAGAAUUAUCAUACACUAGAAUGGAGAAGAUAAACAUAAUGGUUGGAAGUUGGAAUGUAGCACAGGGGAAAGCAUCUGCUGAGUCACUUAAAGCAUGGUUGGGUAGCGUAUCAUCUGAUGUUGGCUUAGUUGUUGUUGGAUUACAAGAGGUCGAGAUGGGUGCGGGGUUUCUUGCAAUUUCUGCAGCUAAAGAAACUGUAGGACUUGAGGGCAGUGCUAACGGGCAAUGGUGGAUAGACAAUAUUGGCAAAGCACUUGAUGAGGGGACAUCAUUCCACCGAGUUGGUUCUAGGCAGUUGGCUGCAUUGCUUAUUGCUGCAUGGGCAAGAAAGAGCCUUAAGCCAUAUGUUGGUGAUGUUGAUGCUGCAGCAGUUCCAUGUGGUCUUGGACGUGCUAUCGGCAAUAAGGGUGGUGUAGGAUUAAGAAUAAGAGUCUAUGAUCGUAAAAUGUGUUUUGUGAGCAAUCAUUUUGCUGCACAUCUGGAAGCUGUUGGCAGGCGAAAUGCUGACUUUGAUCAUAUUUAUCGGACAAUGGCUUUCAAUAAACCUCAUGGAUCCACAGGUUCUGCUACAUCUGUCCAGUUGCACAGAACAGUGAAUGUCAAUGGAAAUCAGGUCGAUGAGUUUAGACCUGACUUGGCUGAAGCUGAUAUGGUUGUCUUUCUUGGUGAUUUCAACUACCGGCUUUAUGGCAUCACAUAUGAUGAAGCAAGGGACAUGGUUUCCCAAAGAAGCUUUGAUUGGCUAAGAGAGAAGGAUCAGCUUCGAGUAGAAAUGAAAGCUGGAAAAGUAUUUCAAGGAAUGCGUGAAGGUCUGAUCAAAUUUCCUCCAACUUACAAAUUCCAAAAGCACCAGCCAGGCCUCGGAGGGUAUGACUCGGGUGAGAAGAAGCGGAUACCUGCAUGGUGCGAUAGAGUUCUAUAUCGCGACAGUCGUGCUGUAUCAGUGGCUGAAUGCUCACUAGAGUGCCCUGUAGUUGCUGCAAUUACAUCGUAUGUAGCUUGCAUGGAGGUCACAGAGAGUGAUCAUAAACCUGUGAGGUGCACAUUUAGCGUUGAUAUUGCACGAGUAGAUGAGCUAGUAAGAAGACAAGAGUAUGGAGAAAUAAUCGAAUCAAAUGAAGAAGUACGUUCUAUGCUCAAAGAGUCUUGUUUUGUCCCAGACACCACAGUUAGCACAGAUGAAAUUAUAUUGGAAAAUCAAGAGAAUAUUGUCUUCCAAAUUACCAAUAAUUGUGAAACAAGCAAAGCAUCUUUUGAAAUCCUAUGUGAAGGCCAGUCAACCAAAAAAGAGGAUGGAACUAAAUCGGAGAUUGUUCCAAGGGCAUCGUUUGGAUUUCCCCUUUGGCUUGAGGUUCAACCAGCUGUUGGUCUUAUUAAACCAGGAGAAAGCAUGGAGAUUACAAUCCAUCAUGAAGACUUCUACACACAAGAAGAAUUUGUUGAUGGGAUACCACAAAACUGGUGGUGUGAAGACACCAGGGACAAGGAAGCUGUUCUUAUCGUAAACAUAACUGGUAGUACCUCAACUGAAACCAAGACGCACAGGAUCAAUAUCCGGCAUCAGUGCCCAGCAACAUCAGCACCCCCAACUAUCAUUAACCCACCAGUGUCAGCCACUCCACCAAGCAAUGCUCUGACUAGUGAAGUGUCUUCUAAGCGUUCUUCCAAGAAGAGCCAGACGAAUCGCCAACAACAGGACUAUGCACAGUUCGGGAGCUCAGAGGUACAUGACUUGUGCCGCAUGCGUUGCCCAUGAGGCCUGUAGAAUGAGUACAGUCUUAGAUGUCUCACAUAAAUCAGGAAGGAGUUGCUCCAGUUCUGUACAUAUGCUUCGCUUACCUCUACCAACUGCUCUUAGCCCAAACAAGGAGUCUAGAAUCAUGCCACUGUUAAUAAGUUGUUUUUUCCCCUCCUUGUUUACUGAUGAGUGUUGUUUAGUGUUGAAUCUAUCCUCUUGAUUCUUAAAGAGUGUCCUUUAGAGAGUUCAAUUCAGGGACAUAUGUCUUUUUUUCGAGACGAGGGAAAGCUGCCUUAUGUUGAGAGUGAGCGAACAGUAAUCAAUGUAAUGUGUUUCAUAGAAUUACCUUAGGCUUGUUCUUUUCCUGCUAAUGAUCUUGUAACUGUAUGACCUAUUCAUUUUUAUCAAUAUAAGAGAUCAAUUCAUUAUUCUCU